AUGCACUGCCCCGAAGCGGCUCAGCCUAUCGUCACCGUUCUUGGAACUGUUAUUGAACGCGGGGGUCAGCUAAACGAUGGCCCAACCCUAUUACACUAUCGUUUCCAAUCUACCGUUUACAACAGUUCGUCCCGAGCCCAUCACACAUUCCUUCUGACCGCAUAUUUCAAGAAUGGACAACGCUGGGCAAACUUUCCACCACUAAGCAUCAACGCUAGCAAUUUUCUAACUGGGCGUAUUUUUGGCGUCACUAAAGAGAAUCGCCAACUAGCUGUGAUUACGGACGAUAUACAUUUCCUUCCAACCAUAUCGCAGUCUCUGCCCCCAACCCCAUCUUCAACAACUGGUAAACGAAAACGCCAGGACCGCUGGUCCCAAAGGGCUAACGCUCGGUCUCCGUUCAAGUCUGCGUGA